AUGAAAAUAUUUGUAUUCAUCGGAACGCCAUCCAGAAUGAAAGCCCUUACUCCUGCUCUCCUCGCCUUCUGCCUCCUCCAAGUCAUUACUGCUGACAUCUUCUGUAAUGAAAAAGGGAACUGUAUUGGAGAUGGAAAACCAUCUGGGGACACUCGUUGUGGAAACUGUCAUUCGUGCGUCAGAAGUCCAUCCAGGAAUAUUGCAUUUAGUGUAUGGAUUGGUGAAUCGGACAUGACAACAGUUCUUAUAAGUACACGAAUGACAGUUUCCACAACGAGUAUCGGCAGAUGGAUUUCCGUCUCCAGUACACUCUCCUUUGUCAUUACAGAAGAUGUCAGCAGUGAUCACGUGGAGGAGGCAAAAGGCGAGGAGCACAGUCAGGAACAGCUUCAUUUCUGA